AGGCAAAUGAGAAAACGACGGCGUUCAAAGAACAAUCCUUUCCAGCAAUCGGCCAAUCACAAACCAUCUGUUCACGAAGACCUCCAUGACCGUUGUCUCCCGCCACCGCCAUUGUCGUCCUCAUGUUCAACCACCACACCAUAUCGAUCACAGUCUCGGACGAAGAGUCCGACGACCGGUCUCGGCUCCUCCGGGCCCUGCGAAAGCGCCGGAAACGGCAAUCCAUAAGCUUUCGUAGCAAGACGAAGAGCGAGCUCCUCCUCAGGGUGCUGAGGAAAGUUCUCAGAUGGUGGGUUCUCAUUCUGUUCGUUCCUGCCAUUGGGUUGCUCCUCUUAGAGGUGUCGAGGGUUUUGGGGAAAGAUCCGGGUCCGGACCCGGAUUCGGCGGCGAAAUCGGUAUCGGGUUUCGGGCGGAAGAGUUCGGUAGGGAACCUGGACCGGUUGGACCCGAGGACGCGUGUGGUUCACAGAGUCAGAGAGCGUUGCUUAAAGAUUUUGCCACCAGAAGAGCUUGAACAUCUGGAAAUUCCUUCAGUUGAAACUCCAAAUUUUCCUGUUAAUAGAGUUGUGUAUAUAUCAGAGACUGAUGGAGCUGACAUUCAUAACAACACUAGCCUCCUACAGCAGCAUACUAAUGCUACCAGAUUUAAUUUGUUUACCGGAUACCAAACAAUUCAAGAGAGAGAGGGGAGUUAUAAGGUGAACCAAACUGCUGUGGUGCAUUGUGGGUUCUACAGUGAAAAUGGGGGGUUUAAGAUUUCUGACGAGGACAAGAGGUACAUGGAAAGUUGUAAAGUUGUGGUGUCUACCUGUGCAUUUGGUGGUGGAGAUGAUCUAUAUCAACCGAUUGGAAUGUCGGAGUCAUCACUUAGAAAGGUUUGCUAUGUGGCAUUUUGGGAUGAAAUUACUCUCAGAACUCAAGAGUCAGAUGGGCAUAGGAUUGGUGAGGACCAUAUGAUUGGUAAAUGGCGAAUUGUGGUUGUUAAGCAGCUCCCAUUUGUGGACCAACGGUUGAAUGGUAAAAUCCCAAAGAUGUUAGGGCAUCGGUUAUUUCCUCAAGCUAGGUAUUCAAUUUGGGUGGAUUCAAAGUCUCAAUUUCGGAGAGAUCCCUUGGGUGUCUUGGAAGCACUUCUUUGGCAUACGAAUUCUGUUCUAGCGAUUUCAGAACAUGGAGCUCGCAGUAGCAUCUAUGAUGAGGGCAAGGCUGUUGUCAAGAAACACAAAGCCACCCCAGAAGAAGUUGAGAUGCAGCUAACUCAGUACCGCCACGAUGGUUUUCCUGAUGAGAAGAGGUUCAAUGGAAAGAAAGCUUUAGCUGAAGCUUCUGUUAUUGUGAGGGAGCACACGCCCUUGACAAAUCUUUUCAUGUGCCUCUGGUUUAAUGAGGUGGUUCGUUUUACUUCACGCGACCAACUCAGCUUCCCAUAUGUGCUGAGGCAGCUGAGAGUGCUGAAGGAUGUAAAUAUGUUCCCUGUCUGCACUCGUAAGGAUCUUGUGAAUAGUAUGGGCCAUACUCGCAAGGCUAGAUCUCACACAAAUUGACCUGUUGAUAAGAUUAGAGACAGGAGUAGAAGAAGAAGAGCCUAAACCAGAAGCAGAUGCUUUUUUUUCUCUCUCAUAAUUGGCAUUGACUAAUCUUCUGUAAUGCCUUUGGAAAGUUCACCCUUCAUGUUUCUCUCAGCUCGGUUUUGAUGCCCUAGAUCUCUCUCUCUCUCUCUCUCUCUCUACGAGGCACUCUUCUCAUUCAUAGGCUAAGAGAUGGAACCAAAUUUUCAUUCAUCUCGAAGAAAAGAUUCCUUUCCAUUCAUUGAGGGAAACUUCACUUUGCUUCUGGGUAUGCGCGCGAACUCAUUUAAUAAUUUAUUGCAGGCAGGCAGUAACCAAAGUGGAGCUCCAUUUAGCAGAACAUAUUUGGCUGACAUACUUGUGUUUUAUUUAGAAUCACUCAAAGUGGACCAUUUUUUGUAGCAUCAAAAUCUUCAAAUGAUAGACUUUGAACUUGCUUGAGUUAGGUUGUUCCAACCAUAAAACAAUAUAGGACUGAGAUCCCCAGUUAGACAAUCUCGAUGAGAUUCACCUGUUUGAGCAUGUCUUGGAUUACUCAGGCACUUACUUAGACAAGUAGGUCUCAUCGAGAUCCUCUCUUAUUUGGGGAUUAGGCAGUUUGCAAUUUGUUGACCAAAUUGCAGCGAAUCUCAAUCCACCACUACUACAAUGUCAUAAUAUUCUAUAGUUGAUUACUUUUUUUUCUUCCUUUUUCUCACUUUUAACAGUUAUAACUCAAUUAGUGAAGAAUGAUACAUAUUAGGGUUUUGAAUUUGCAUAUUCUCAAGAAAAGAGAAUCAACUUUUCCCUUCUAAAUUAAUGUUUAAAUUGUUGUUGUUUGACCUAAUUUGUUUUACUUGUUAAAUAAAAGAGGCUAGCUGUGUCUAUUCUUAAUACAUAAAUAACAAUACAGACAAAUGCAUCUUUCUAAAGUUACCUUUUCCUAGUAGUUAUCUCUUGCACUCAUUCUGAUGACAUUGGUUUUUGUAGAAUUUUUGUUAGUUUCCAAUUAUACAAAGCUAUAAUCGAAACACGAUAUUUUUAAUAAUCCACAAGCAUGUCUGUCAGUUUCUUAGAAAAUUGCUGCUCGACUUUCUCGAGAAAAAAAAAAUGUUUGUUUUUUCAUUUAUAGAUUAUCAUUGCCAUUGAUUAUGAAAACCCACUUCUAUUUGUUUGGAUCUCUGUACGGGGAUUAAAUUAUAUGGGUUUCCCAAGUUGACCAUCGGCCUCAUGCCAAAUUAGAAACUUCUUGAUAUCACAUGGUUGAACUUAAUUGCAUCUAAGGUUUUGCACAAGUAGGAUAAGGUUUUUCUUUAAAUCGGGUUUGAAGAAUUUAUUCUAACUCAGUUUAUCAAAUUGAUGUGUUCAAAAUGCAUGUGGAACAAUUAGACAUUCAUUCUGUAAUCGCAAUGGCCUAAUUGCAAAAGUGGAGCUCUACCAACUGAGCUAUAUCUCCCGAGCUAAGUGGAGCAUGCAUGUAGGAGUCAAAUGCUUCAUCUAUUCUUUUACUUGGUGUAGUGGGCCAUCAUGGACUUGAAUCAGAGAUCUCACCCGUGAAGUAAAUCAUUGCACUUAUGGUCCAAGCAAUUGGGAGAGAAUCAAUACAUUCCUUUUAAGGAGCAAUUCUUACAUGUAUUUAAACACAUAUGUUUAAUAGAUUGAGUUGUAAGAAAUUUCUCUAAUCCAUCAUAACAAGUGUAUACAA